ACAAAUGACAGCUGUCAUUUGGUCAGCGUCCCCUCUGCCGCCAUUAUUAUUGAAAAUUUCUUGCGAAAUUACGGUGUAAAUCGCGAAAAAUCCCCUCAAUUUCUUGAUAAUAUUGUGAUUUCGAUAGAAAAUUUGAGCUUAAAGUCUCCAAUAUGUCUAUCGGUGUGCCUAUUAAAGUACUUCACGAAGCCGAAGGUCACGUAGUGACCUGCGAAACGAAUACCGGUGAAGUUUACCGGGGGAAGCUAAUCGAGGCCGAAGACAACAUGAACUGCACGAUGACGCAGGUGACGGUGACGUACCGCGACGGCCGCGUCGCUCAGCUGGAGAACGUGUACAUCCGGGGCUCAAAGAUCCGCUUCCUCAUCCUGCCCGACAUGCUGAAGAAUGCGCCGAUGUUUAAGCGGCAAGGGAACAAGCCGACGGCAGGACGCGGGAAGAGCGCUAUACUAAGGGCACAAGCUGCAGGUCGAGGUAGACCGGGCGGGAGAGGCGGCGGGCACCGUGGAGGCUGGCAAGGUGGCUCCGGGCCUUCGAGACGUUAGUCCACACCCGCCAUCCAGUAGGCUAGGCUAGACUAAGUUUUACUAUUCUACUCCCGGCUCACUGCCGCGCCUUGUAUGUAAGUUUACAUAAUACAGUAUUGCCAAUGAAUCUGCAUUUUAUUGGCAGUUGUACUGUCUGAGGAUACUUUUGUAUUUAUUUUGUUGAAGUGUAUUUCACUCCACAAUCUGUUUCAUGUUUGAUGGUCACAGCAAUGUGUUAAAUAAUGGGUCAUUAUUAAUUUUUUCAGCCACCUGACUUUUGUGGUUGCAGACAUAUUUUUGAUGACUUGUCUGUAGAUUUUGAUGGCAAUUACAGAUUCUGUAAAUAAAGGUCUUGUAUUUUUAGAUCAAAACACCAUCAAAAUCUUUUAUUAGAAAUAAGGAUCCUACUGGCCUGAAAGAUUGGUGCAAACCUGCUAGUUAUUUCCUAGAGUAGUUCAGGGUAUUGAGGUAUUCAGGAAAUAAAAAUAUCCACAUUCUUAUAUUCAUAUUCAUAUUCAUACUUAUUUCCUAUAGGGAGCGUGCAUGAACUAUAGGAGGCAGCACAGGAGCUGUCAGAUUUUUGGCGCGAGGCGUAUAUGUGAUGUUUAUUGUUCCGAUGUAGCCCACAAGAUGGCAGAACCUACUAUGCAUGAGAAAACACGUGACGUGUAAAUGUACAUGUUUAUGGUUCCGAUUCAGGCCACAAGAUGGCAGACCCUCCAACGCGCACGGUCCCUAUAUAAUACUCAAUACCCUCUAAACCUAUUAUUUUGACAGAAUUUUAACUUCAAUCAUUUUAUUUUGAGAGAAUUAAAAUCAGCUCAAGCACAUUAAGACUAGUCAAUAACUGAAUUAUUUAGUUAUUUGAGAAGUCUAAAUAUCUCUGUCAAAGUAAUGGGAUCUAAAUGUAAAAUCAAAACUUAGUGGGCGCAAAUCUUGUGUAUAAAAUAUGUGAUGUAUGUGAACACAAUAAAACAAAGAAAUACCA